AUGUCUUGUUUUCGGUUACUUGCCUCGAUACACAAAGAGUUGGAUGGAAUUGGCAGAAAUUUCUACUGGUCUGCUGGCAAUAAGAGGUCAAUCCCUACUAUGGCUUGGAGUUCCAUCUGUGAGCCGAAGCAAUUUGGAGGUUUGAAUAUCAAACGUUCGGUUGACAUGAAUCAGGCCCUACUUGCUAAAAAAGCAUGGGAACUACUGAUUUCGCCAACAUCUCCUUGGGGGAGGAUCAUGAAGAGUAAGUACUUCCCGAGCUCUAAUUUCCUUGAUGCAAGGUGCCCUUCUACUUCAUCUUGGGGUUGGAAAUCUAUUUGUUCGGCGAGGGAUCUAAUUCGAAAAGGUCUUUUUAUCAAAGUGGGUAAUGGUCAGAACAUUAAUCCUUGGUUGGACUUUUGGAUUCCCGAUCAUCCUCCAUCGGUUGCACCGUACCCUCUUCAAAGAGAAGCUCCCUUCUCAGUUCAAGAUCUUAUGGAUGCUCCUACAAGCUCGGGGAAACGGGAUUUAGUUUUCCACUAG